CGGAUAGUAGCUUUUGAACACUGCUGAUAUUCGUAUCUCGUUUGCAAGAAACUUGGCAAGAGACCGACCGCAGGCAGAAAAAAAUAAAAUAACACAAUAAACAACAAAAAAGAAAUAGACUUUCAUAUAUUCAACAACAAAAAACUUCAAUAGAUACUUUUUUCUAAAUUUACACCAACAAUCAUCAAAUUUUUUAAACAAAAGAAAAGAAAAACUACGAGAUCCAAAUUUUAUAUUUCAAAAAAAAUAAUAAAUUAAAAAAACAACGUCAACCAAAAUCUCCAAGGAUCUCAUUCUCAAUUACAAAAAAUCUGAUUAAAGAUUCUGCUAAGCCAAAAAAAUCUAUUUUUGAAAACCCACAAAAGCGAUUUUAGACACACGAAACGUGAACCAAACGGAUAUCAGAGAGCGGAUAGAAAAGUUAAACUUUUUUUUACAAUUAAUCAACAAAAACCAAUCAACCAACAACUAACAACCUAUAAAAACAAGUGUUUUUUUAAAAUUCAAGUGUAUUUGCUCGCUUUUUCCAUUUUAUUGAUUUAUUCACUCUUAUUUUGCUGGAAAAAACACCAAAACCAAAUCCAGUAAGGACUCUUCUUGGAAACCGGCGGUUCCGCGUCAACGUCAAAGUCAACGGCAACAGGAUAAUGAAAUAGGGAAAAACCGAAACCAUCUCAGAGAUAAAAGUUUAUAAAUCAAAUCAAAUACAAUACCUACACAAGUGAUAUGCAAGUGCUGUGAGAAAAAGAAUACAAAUAAAAUAAAAUUAAUUAAAAGUUACAAAUUAAUAAAAAGCUGAGCUGAUGAGAAGAAAAAGAUAAAGAUAAAGAUAUUCGUUCAAGAGCUGAGAUACAAAAAAUUUAAAAAGUUAAAACUACGGACUGCAAUUCUUUUCUAAAAAGAAUUGUCCGCAGCUUAAAAAGAUAAAAGAGAUAUAUAUUAUAUAUAUGUACAUGUUUUUUUAAUUUGAUUAAUUUAUAAUUAAUUUCGUACAAGUUUAAGUAGUUGUUGAUUAUUUUUCCAAUUCAAUUUUAAAAAAGAAAAAAACUCAUUGUUAAUGACACACUGUUUUUUUGUUUGUCGAAAGAAAAUUGUGCUUUUCCAAAUGAAUGUGUGUGUGAUUGUGUGACGCGAUAACAAAUUUAACAAAAAAAAAAAACAAAUAAGAAGAAAAUCGGUAAACAAUUUUUUUGUUUGUCAAAAUUGAGGACAUCAAAAGUUCGCGCGUUGUCAACAGUAAAAAAAGGAAGUCGUCAUCGUCGUCGUCGUUGUUGUCGUCGGCCACCGAAACCGAAGACAGGAGCAGCAAUUCAAGCAACAAAAAUAGUGAUACUAGUAGUAAACUUGUCAAAAUUGACGAAGUAGUUUUCGAAGAAUUACUCAUGAAAAUGGAAGUGCUCUCUGUGCAAAAUCAAUUUCAAGGGCAAUUCGGUGUCAUAGGGUCAACUAAAGUUAAAGACUGGACCAGUCCUCUUACACCACCGCCAUCUCACCACCACUAUAGUAAUAGUAGUAAUAAACAAAGUUCCAUCGAUAUUGUCGACGGUCAUCACCAUCAUCGUACAACAAUGUCAUCGCCAACGGCAAUGCAUCAUCAUCAUCAUCAUCACCUUAACCAUCAUCAUCACCUGCAAGCUACAACAAAAUCUAGAACUAAUAGGCAAACAACAAAUUACAGUGAUAAUAAUAUUAGUAGUAAUACAAACGCUACAAAUUUAAGUUCUAGCAAUAAUAUUAAUAUAAAUAAUAAUAAUAAUAAUUCAACCACCAAUAAUAUUACCACCAACCCCACCAGUGGUAGCCAAACGAAUAAUCGCUACAAUAGUAAUUUAAUAUGUAUGACAGAUGAUGAUGCAUCCGUUAAUGCAUUGUCGAUACGUUUGCAGAGCGAACUUCGUGCGGCUAAAAGUCGCCAUUUAGCAUGCACCGAGGUCUCAUUACCAUGGGAUCUAACACCUAGGAUAGCAGCUGAAAUAAUUAAAGUAUCUGAAAAGGAGCCAUGCGGCAUUAGGGGUUGUACAAUUUAUAUUGAAUUCGAGGAUGAGCCAAGUAAUACAAGGCGAAUUGCAUCGAUGAAAGUAGAUCCUAAUACAGUACCUACUUUUGAGCUGUAUUUAACACUGAAACAGGACAAGAGUGGCUGGACAUCACUGUUGCCGCAGUUUAUUAAAAAUCUUACUAAAAGCAGUACAAUUUUGAUUAGUCCUGACUUUUCAUUAACCAAAAACAAAUUGUAUCACAGUUCGUCAGAGUAAGAUUUUUAAUAUACAUUCUCAUUUAGUAUCUAUCUCCAUCCUGACCCACUCUUUCUCUCUACAAUAAAACUACAUCAACAAAAUAAAAACAACAAUAAGAGAAAAUAAUAAUUUCAAAUCCCUCCGAAUGUUUAUCUUAUCUUAUUACAAAAAAAUAAUAAUAACGCGCGCAAUCAAAACAACAAAGAAAAUUAAAAGCUUUACUUGUUUUUCAUCCCCCCGAUCAACGAAAUAAGUAAAAACAAAAAAAAACAACAAAAAAAACAAUAAACCCAACCCCAGUUGAAAAAUAAAUAAAUAUAUAUACAUAAAUAUACAAUUACACCCAAAAGCCAUUCAGAGGCCGAAAGAAAGAAAGAAAAUUUAACUACAAAUUGAAAUCUUUUUCAAAACCAUCAACAAUAAAAAAAAACCAACAACAACAACAACAACCAACCAACACACAUAAAAAGUGGCAGCACUUUUGAAACAACAAAAAUAAAAGAAACAAAAAUGUUUAAGGUAUUUUUUUAAAAUGAAAUUCUUAAACUUUCGUAUUUUUAAGUAUUAUCAUCAAAAUAAAAAAAAAACAAAGGUGAUGUGAUAUUAAUAAUAUUAUUAAUCUAUAAAAAAAACAAACAUUUUUUACAUAUAACAUUAUUGCAUUAAAAACAAACAAAAAAUUAAAUUAAAUCAUUAAGUUUCAUUAACUUCGUCGGCUAUUUAAAACAAAAAAUUCAACAACAAAAGAAAAAACAUUAAAAAUUCUAAGAAGCAAUACAAUUAACAAAAAAGAAUUUUAUUCUUUUCAUCUUCUUAGACUUCUUUAGGUUCUUCUUUUUUGUUUUUUUUUUUCUACUAUCUACUUCUUGUAAUAAAUUCUUCGUUAUUUAUUUUAAAUCUUUUUUCAAAAAAACAAAAAAUCUAAUUUAUAAACAAAAAAAAACUUAUCCUUAAUUUUAUUAAUUUUCUCUUUGUUACAACAAAAAUUUAAAAUUAAAAAAAAAUAAAAAUGAAUACAUGCAUCGUAUUACAAUUAUGUUGAUUUCUCUUUUUGUUUUGUGUGCUACUCUUACCAGUAGUGGAUCUUCAUCUUCUUAAAAACAAAACAAAAAAUUAACAAAAAAAACAAAAAAAUUCUAUUUUUAAGAAAUUUUUUUAAACAUUAAAAUUAAUCGAAAAAAAACCACUUACGGCAUAAAAAACAAAAAGAAAUGAAAACAUAAAUAUGAAAAAAAGUCAUCUGUGUUAUAUUUUAUAGUAAUUAUCAUAAAAUAAAAAUAAAAAAUUAUUAAACAUUUGUUUUUUUUUUUUUUUAAAUUGCUAGGUAUUUAACAAAAAAUUGAAAAUUUAAAAAUUACACACAACAAAAACCGGUGUUUUGCGAUAAAUGAUUUUUGAAAUUUAUUAUUAUUAUUAUUAUUUUCCUCUUAAUUAAGAAUUUGUAUGUGUUAUUAUUUAAUUUAAUAUAUUAUUAUUUAAUUUAAUAUAUUAUUAUUAUUAUUAUUAUUUUUUUAUGAAAAAACAAAUCAACUGUGCAUGUUAUAAUUUUUUGUAUUAAAAAAACAAAUCACUAGAUGUAAACAAAAUAAUUACGUUAUAUAUAUAGUUUUUGUUCUUUUUUAAUUAAAUCACAAAACAAAAAAAAAUAAUACUUUUUAUUUUGACAUAUAACAAAAGAAAAAGUAAAACAAAACGAUCUCGAAUUUUUAAUAAUUAUUUACGAAAAAAAAACAAUAAUCUUAUUCUCUCACCACCAACCACCCUUCACCUUUCACCACCACCUUCUUUCGUCUUCUUCUCAUUAAAAACUCGAUCUUUUGAUUUUUCACCAUUUUAAACGAUAUUCAACACACAAUUUCUAUCACAAAACUCACCACAGAAACACUCGUUUUUAAUUUCAUUUCAUUUUUCUAUAUAUCAUGAAAAAAAAAACAACAACAACAAAAAAUCAAGAGGGCUGUUUUAAAACAAAAAUAAAAAAAUUGUUUAUAACUAUAGGAGUAGCAUAGGAAUCAAUUUUGCAAAUGAUAGGAACAAAAACAAACAACCCCCAUUUUUCUCCCCUAAAAUACACAAAUUACAAACAAACAGUAUUUUCUUCGAUCAACGAUGAUAGUUUGAAUCGUUGACAACAACAACAAAAAACUAAUUUGUUUAGGGCAGAAUUUCGACCAAUUUGUUGUAAAAUUAAAAUUAUAUUCCUCUUCUUUUAAUGUAAUCUAAAAACUCGUGUUUCCAAACAAAAAAAUUCUUUCCGCUGUAAAAAAAAAAAAACAAAAAAAUAAUCGUAAAUCUGCUUAGGUGUAAAAUCAUUAACUAUAGGAACAAACAAUUAAAUUAAACAAAACAAAAUAAGAAGAAAUUCUCAAGUAAUGACUGAAAAGCCGAAAGUAAAAAAAUAAUCAUUCAAACUCAAAAAUUAUUAAUUACUACUCUCUCACAGGAAAAUCAGCUAUUUUCAAUAAAAGAAACAAAAAAACAAAUAAAUAGUCAAAAAUAAGCUCCAUUUCCAGUUAUAUACUUGUACGCAAAAAAUAAAAAUAUUAAAUUUUCUAAAAAUCGUGUGUAGAAUAGAAGUUUUUUUUUCGUUUCGAUUGCAAAAAGAAAAAAAUUAAACAAAAAUCAAGAAACAACCAUUAAUCAGUCAUAAAAUGUGAUGUAGAUUGUAGUAUUUAUUAAAUAUAUAAACAAAAUUAAACCAAUACCCAAUCGGUUUUCAGUUGAAAAAUAAAAUAAACAAUUAUGUGUAAAAAAAAAAAUGUCAUUGUUCAAGCAAACAAAAACAAACUCCUCUCUGUUAUGUGUUAUUUGUUUAAAAUAAUUCUUAAAUUUUUGUGUGUAUUUUACUUCGUUUUAGGUUUUUUAAAAAUUCAUUUUUUAAUCAUUCACCAUAUUUCAUUCAUCCCCUUAAUCUCUAUCAUUACAUUUUUUUUAUAUCUCAUCAUCCCCUAAUUCUUUUAAAUUUUAUUUAAGAAACAAAAACAAAAUCUCCCCCGCCAAACAAAACCAAAUUCUUUUUGUAAUUUUUCUAUAUAACAUUAGCUUUAAAAAAAACAACAACAACAACAAUAUAAAAACAUAAAAAAUCAACACAAAACAAAAAUCAAUAUUAUUAAAUGUAUCCAUUUUACUUCUUUUAAUAAAAAAAACAAAAAAAAUAAAAUAUGUUAUCUACACAUAUAGAAAAAAAUCAAUUAUAAAUUACAAUAAAACCCAAGUAUUUUUUAAUAUUAAUAUUUUAUUUUUAAACAUUAAACAUGAUAAUUUUUAAUCAAAUACAUUUUUUUCUAUAUGCGAGAGAGACCAUAAUUAUAUGAGGAUCUUUUUCAUUUAUAAACAAAUAAAAAACUCAAAAACACAGUAAAAUAUUUAACACGAAGAAACAAAACAAAAAAAAAAUAGCCCUUAAGUAAGAUGUUUGAAGAAAAUUACGAAAAGAAAUAAAAUUUAAACAAAAAAACAAAAAAUAAAUAAUUAUUAAAUGUUACCAAUUAAAAUACAAAAAAAAAAACAAAGUAUAUAUAUUAUUAUAAUAUUUAGUAAUGACUCUGAUCACAAUACGAGUUAUCCCACCAUGUGAUUAAUUAAUGAUUAUUAAACAAAAAAAAAAAAAAUAAAAUUAUAAAAAUAAUAAUAACUACAUACAUACAACAACAUCUACGUGAUUUAGAAUGUAAGAUAUUCUCUUUUUAUAUUUAAUAUAAAGAUGAAAAACAAUUUGGUGAAGAUAUAAGAUGAUGAUGAUGAAAAAAAAAAACAAAAACAAAAAAACAAAAAUAAAAACAAUAAAAAGAAAAUAAUUUAAAAAAAAAAAUACUUUUUGGUUUUUUUUAUUUUUUCUUAAUUUUUUUUCAGUUGGUUUUCUCCUUUUUCGUUGGCAUUGUUCUUCUUCUUUUGUUUAAAUGGUUAAACUUCAGUUGUACCUGAUUUUAAUUUGUUGACUUUUUUGUUUGAUUUUGAGUAAGUAUGAUUUUUUAAAAUUAUUUUGAGUGAGCUUUUCAAAGCUCCUCCUUUUACCUUUGACAUAUUCAUCUGGAGCUUUCGGAAAACCUUAUGGUAUGAGUUGCAAAAUGAGUUGUUAAUAUGAUGUGAGUCUGUAACCUAUAAAGCUUUUGGUGCAUUAAAAGCUUGCUUCGAGUUUUUGGGAAAAUCUUCAUUAAGAUUUAAGCAACUUAAUUCAGAUUUCACGACUUCAAAAUAAUUUUAAUUAAAGCUUCACCAUUAACUCACACUCAAAAAAGCGAGAGCUUUUAUUGAACUUUUCAAAUGAGUUAGAGCCACUUACUUUGUGUGCCUCUAAAAUGCAUCUCUUGGCACUGUGAGGUGGGCCUUUAAUUUCAAGCUUUUCCCCGGCCUUGGUGGACUAUUUUGGACUAUUAGUCUAGUUCGCUCCUGGUUUGCUGAAAUAUUUGAUUAAAAUCAUUAAACGUGCUUGUUUUUUUUUGUUUAAAUAAAUAUUUCCAAUUUAAACUAACUUCAAUUGAAAUAUUCAAAUCAGGGACAUUUUGCUGACGUAGAAAUUUAAAUUUCUUCGACCGUCACACGUAGGUUUUGAUGCGAGUGUGACUUCCAAAUAAAAUAAACAAAUAAUGUUUAAAAAAGAUUCACUCAAGCUCCCCCAAAACAAAAACAUGAUAAUUUCUCGUGCUGUUGAGCACGUUCACAAAGUUAAACAAAACUUAAACAAUGAAGCAAAAUCGAACUCAAGGCGAUUGACUUUGUUAUUGUUUGUUUGUUUUUUCAACUCAUUAGCAACAAAUUAGUUAAAUAAUGUUUCAAUGGAUAGACGUAUAGCUCCAAAGGGAUCUGUCUACAAAAUUUUUAUUUAAUUAUUUAUAUUUUUGUUUAACAAUUAAUUCGAAAGAGAACUAUGAAAAAAUCGAUCGAAAAGCACAACGUGAUCGGUUUAAUAAAACCAAACUUAAGAAUUAAAAAAAAACAUAAUAAGAUAAAAAUAAAUAAUAUGUCAGGAAUAUAUAAUAAUAAUAAUAAUAAUAUUUUAAUUCAUAAAACUUAGAAUAGAAAUCAAUCAAUUUUAUUAAAAUUUUUAUAAUUUCAUAAAUUUUCGUGUCCUUAAAAAAAGAGUUAAAAGUUUAAAUAUACUUUUAACUAAACAUGGCAGUGGUCGAUAAAAAUAUAAAAACAAAAUAAAAUAUAAAACAUAUUUACAAAUUUAUAAUUAAAGAAAAAAAAACCAAGAAAAGAAAAUUAAAAGGAAAAAGAAUUACUAAGAAAAUAAUAAAAAAAAAUUCUUUUAAUUGUGUACAAACUAAUGUCUAAGUAAAAAUAAUAAUAAUAAUUAUAAAAAAACAACAAACUAUAUUUUUUAUAUUAAAAAAAAAAACAAAUAACAAUUAAAAGAGAGACAAACAAAAUAUAGGUAUGAACAAAACAAAAAAUUAAAAUUUAAAAAUAAAAUCAUCAUCAUUAAAAAUAUUACACAUUGUUAUUAUAUGAUUUUUCUCAUAUUUAAAAAUUAAUAAUAAUUACAUACAUAUUUAAAUAAAUAUAUAUACAUCAUAUAUAUAUAUGUAUAUAAAUACUUAUUGUGCCAUUAACUUUUAGGUUCAACAAUUUUUUUUAGGUAUUAUACGAUAUGACCUUUUAGUUCUUUUCCAAUUUCAAUUCGAUUGCCUUUCAAUAAAAAAAAAAAAACAUAAAAAUAAGAAAACAUGAGCAACAAUAAGGACAAAAAACAUAAAUGUGAAGAUAAGAUUAAAAAUAAUAUAAUUAGUAGGAUAUGUGUAUGUUUGAAAACAAAAAUACAAAUAUUUAAAAUAAUAAAUAUCGUGAGUGCAAGGAAAAAAAUUUAAUUUUUUUUUUAAAAAACAAAAAAAAACAAAAUACUUAUCGUGUAGAUAUCGUUAUAAACAAACAAACAAAACAAAGCAAAACUUUAAAUAUACAUAUAACUUAAAAAAACAAACAAAAAUUGCAUGUAAGAUUUAUUGAGUUUAUAGGUAUUUGUUUAUAAAAAAUUAAUAAAUUUAACACAUUUUUUAAAUUGUAGGUAAUGUGAAAUAAUUUAAUAAUCAUGGGUGUGUUACAAUGGAAGACAAAAAAAAAAAUUAUAUAUAAAGUGAAAAAAAUAACAAAUUUUAGAAUCGACAAUUAAAUUUAACAAAUUUUUAAAAAAUAGUAUGUGGUUAAAAUAUAAGUAAGAGAUUGGUGUCUUUUUUUUUUUUUUUGAAAAUUUCGUGUAUACAAGUGAUUAUAAUAGUAUCUAAAAAUAUAUAUUUAACUUGCGGUGGUUUCUGAUGGUCUGAGGAUGGAAAAAUCAACUAUUUUACUGUAUAUCGCAAUGCCAGCCAUAUUCUUCUAUUAAAAGGUAAGCAACGUGAACGUAAAAUUAUAAGCUACAUAUAUUUAAAAAAAAAUAUAAAUAUAUAUUGUAUGUGUAUAAUCUUUAGAUAGGUAGGAUUUAUUUUAUUAAUUAUUCUAUUUAUUUAUUUUGAAGUUAUAAAGAACGUUUUUUAUUUGAGGAGGUUAUCGAAAUACUGAAUUUGAGAAGAAAAAAACAAAAAAUUGCGCGCGUUUUGUUGUCAUAAUAUCACCAAGAAAAAAAAACAAACAACAAAUUUCCAAUAAGAUAAGGUAUACAAAAUUUCAAUAAUUUUUUUUGUUAUAAAAUUAAAUUUCGUUAUCGUAAAAUGUGCCAUUAUAAUUUAAAAAAUAAAUAAAAAAAAGAAAAAAGAUACAUUCAAGGAUUAAUUAUUACGCCUUCCUGAGAUGUGCUUUUUUUUAAUCUUUGAAUAGUAAAAUAGAGUUUGUAGGUGUCUAUUUAAACAAACAAAUUUAAAUAUUUAUAUACAUCAUAAUAUAUAUACAUACAUGGUAAGACAUAAGUUAUUUUUUCACUAAAAAUUAAAUAAAACAAAAACAAACUCAAUUCUGUGAGUGCACACAUAUAUACAUAUAAAAAGCAUAUAUAGGCAUACAAAUUCGCAUAUAAACAUAAAGCUUUUGAUGGAUUUAUUAAUGAAAAAAAAAACUAAAAACAAAUUUAAGAAUUAAAAAAAAAAAACAAAGAACACAAGAAAUUUUUGUGUAAGAAUUUUUUCGUUUUCUUUUUAAAUAGAAAUAAGUUGCACCAGAUAGACAAGUCUAAACAUUAAAAAUAAAAUAAAUACAAAUUAAUAUACAAACCGACAAACAACUGUAAUAAAAAAAGCUUCGUCCUUCGGAAUAAUUAUAGUGCGCUUUCUUCAAAAAACGCUUCUUAUCUUCGACUACUUGCUCUCUGGAUGGGAACUUUUUAGUUUUCCAUCCGCCACUUAUUGACAACUUUUGUAUGUGGUCGUUUCUUUUUUAAGCAAUUUUUCAAGACCUAAACUUUUAAUUUUGAGUGAAAGCUCAUCACUAUUUUUCUUUAACGAGUCUUUAUUUUUGUUGAAGUAAUAAAAAUUCACUUAAUUUUCAUCUUUGUCCUUAAACCAAAUAACAAAAUCUGAUUUUUCAAUUUUGAGUGAAGACUCUUCAAUAAUUUUGUUUUAAUUAUUGUUUCCAGGAUUUCCCAAUCACUUUUUUCAUACUCUUAAUUGCGUGAAACCUUAAUAAUAUUUUUAUCUUACUUCCAUUAUCUUAUUUUUCAAACUUAAAAUAUUGAGUGAAAGCUUAACAAAUAAUAUUUUUCUUUAACGACUUUUUGUCGAAGUAGUCAAAAACGUACUUACUUUUCACCUUUGUUCUUAAUCUAAAUAAAAAAAUCGGAUUUUUCAGUUUUGAGUGAAGCUCUUUAAUAACUUUUUUUAAAUUAUUGUUUCCAUAAUUUCCAAAUCUCCUAUUUUCUUACUCUUAAUUGAGUGAAAGCUUAAUAAUAUUUUUACAUUUACUUCCACUAUCUUAUUUUUAAACUUAAAAACUUUUCAUCUUUAUUCUUAAACUAAAUAAAAAUCAGAUUUUUCAAUUUUGAGUGAAAGCUCUUCAAUAAUUUUGUUUAAAUUAUUGUUUCCAUAAUUUCCCAAUCUCUUUUUUUCUUACUUUUAAUUGAGUGAAAGCUUAAUAAUAUUUGUAUCUUACUUUGACUAUCUUAUUUUUCAAACUUACAAUAUUGAGUGACAUCUUAACAAAUACAAUUUUUCUUUAACGAGUUUUUGUCUUUAUCUUUUUUCUUAAACCAAAUAACAAAAUCUGAUUAUUCAAUUCUGAGUGAAAGCUCUUCAAUAAUUUGUUUAAAUUAGUGUUUCCAUAAAUUCCCAAUCUCUUUUUUUUUCUUACUCUAAAUUGAGUUAAAGCUUAAUAAUAUUUGUAUUCUUACAUUCAUUAUCUUACUUUUCAAACUUAAAGUAUUGAGUGAAAGCUUAACAAUAAUUUAUUUUAAAGAGUUUCUGUAUCCCUAUUUUUUGUUCUAAAAUUUCUUCAUACCAAAAAAGAAAUAUGUAUGAAAAGCUCAAUACUAUUGAGCGAAAGCUCUUUCUCAAAAAUUUGUUUCAAACAAAUUACCAAUAUUAUUGCUCAUAACCAAUAUAUAGAACAAAAUUCUAAAGAAACGCAUAUUUCCUGUCUCCAGCUUAGCUUGUCCUCUGGAUUAAUACGAAAUUUUCAAUAGUGACACAAAACAAAAAAAUUAGUAUUCUUUUAUAUGUAUUGUAUAUGUGCAUACCAAAGUAAUUUUUAUUAAUUAAAAACAAAAAUACAAAACAAAAACUAGUUAUAACCAAUUUCAAAUCUUAGCUAGGUAGGAUAUGUAAGGAUAUUGUAUUAUAAUUAUUUUAUAAAAUAUUAGUUUUUCUUAAAAUUUUUAAUUUUUUUUCUAUUGAUCAAUGAGGGAGUUAGUAAGAGUAUCCUUAUACGAAUUUGGCAAACAAAACAACAAAUAUUCGAAUAAAUUAAGGAACAAAGCAAUUACAUACAUACAAAGAACGAACAAAGCAAAACAAAAUCAAUUUUUAGGUUGUUUCGGUUAAUUUUAAGCCGAAUUUUAAUAAAAUUGAUUGAUUCUUAAUUUGAUGAUUCUAUCGUUUCUAUGUAAUUUUUAAAAAUUAUAAAUUACAGUAAAAAAAAAAACAAAAAAUACUCAAUAAAUUUAGAGACUUACAGCAUGAACAAAACAAAACAAAAUUAAUAAGAAGUAUGUAUAAAUUUAAAUUAAGGUUUUCUUCGUAGAUGGUAUAUAAAAUUAAAAUACAAAAAUUAUAUAUAUGUAAAAUGUAUAAAUUUAUAUUUAAACGAAAAAGCAAAAACAAUUAAAGAAUAAACGAAUUUUCCCUUUUGCGUCAUCGUCCAUAUCAAAGUUUACGAAAAAUAAAGUAAGAAAAUAAUUUUAAAAAAAAUUAAAAUUUAAACUCAAAACAAAUAAAUUAAAAAUGAAAUUAAAUAUUUCGUGCUUUAAACAACAACAAAAAAAAACAAACAAACAAAUAUUUAAUCAAAACAAUAAUGUCGUGCUCAAUGUUUUUUAAGUAGUUUUUAUUCACUGUGUAAUUCAGGCAACAAACCAGCAAACAAUAUUUAAAACAGCAUAUUUUAAAUAAAAAUUCAAAAAACCAAUACAAAAAAAUAUUCUUACAAAAAUACCAAACAAUAAAAUAGUCAAUUUCUCCGUCAUCAUUUCUUAACUAAAAUACAACACACAAAAAUAUAGUAUAAAAAUAUUAUUCAUCAUUAUUAUUAUUAUUAUCAGUGUCAGUAGUUGCGCGCUUAUAAUAAAAAAAUAAUAGACAAAAUAAAAAAUCGCUUAUAAAUAUCGUUCAUUUAAAUAUAUAAAUUAAAACAAAAAGUUUAAUAAUAAAAAUUUAAGUGUUUAAUAAAAAGUGUAACAGAAAAAAGUAAAUUUCGUACAGAAUUAGAGAAAAACAUAACUAAAAAUAGUAAACAAAAAAAAAAACAAACAGAGAAGAAUCCCAGCUUCUUAAACAAACAUUUUUUUAAUUAAUUAAAAUUUAUAAUUUAUAAUUUCACCAAAUCAAGUUUCCAUAAAUAAAAAAAAAAAACAAAUUAAGUCAAAUCUCUAUCUCUCUAUCUCACACCAAAACAAACUUACCAUACACCAUAAACCCACUCUUUAUCUCUCUUUCUCUCUCAGUCAUUCUUCAUCAAAUCAGUUUUUCUUUUGUUAUAAUUUUAUUGAAAUAUAAUAAUUUUAUGUUCUUGUAAAAUACCAAAAAGGGAAGCAAAGAACUGUACUGUGACAAAUGAAAAAUAUUUAAAUGAUAAGCAUACAAAAUUAAGAAAGAACAAAAAUUAAACUUAAAAACAUUUUUUAUUGUUCUUUAUAAAAAAAAUAAACAAACAAAAAAAAAGAAAAUUACAAUAAUUUGUAGGUUAAACAAAAAUAUAAAAUUUAUUAGGAAAAACCAAAUAAUUAAAGAUAAAUUAACAAAACCAAAAAAAAAAAAUACAACAAAAAUAUUUUAAACUGAAUUUGCAUAUGUUAUGUAGCUAACAAUAUUCAUUUACAAUAAAUAAAGUUAAUACAACAAAAAACAAACAAAAACACUGUCUUGUUUCUAUUUUCCAAAACUUGGAAUAUUAUUUUUUCUCUAGAAGGUAAAUUAUAAAAAUAAUACAACAAAAAAUAAAAAAACAUAUCUUUGCUUUGUUUGAACUGAAUUGGUGAAAUUAUUUUAUUUAAUUUUUUUUUCGGAGCCAACUUAAACAAAAUAAAAACAAUAUUUUUUAUUUUAUUUUAUACUUUUUGUUUCUAAAUAUUUAAAAAAAAAAAUGAUAAAAAAAGGUGAACAGGAUCUUAACAAAAAAUUCUGGUUUCUGUGACAACAUAACAAAAAAAAAUACGAAGAGACAAAAACACAAAUCCCAACACAAAAAAUGACAAAACUUAUGACUUUUUUAACUUUCAAAAACAAAGUUAAAUCACACAAAAGCGAAAGACUAAAUUUAAAUUAAAAACAAAAAACAAAAUAACAUAAACCAAAAAAUAUCAUAAGUAUCUUAAGGAUAAAAUAAUUAAUUAAAAAAAAACUUUCAUACACUCACCCACAACAUUUACUGUACACUCCCUCACACAUACCUACAUCAAAAAACAACAACAAAACAAAAAUACAUGAAUUUAUAAAACAAAAAUAUAUAUACAAAAUAUUAUACAUAGAUAUAACGAAAAAAAAACAAAAACAAAAUAAUAUUUGUAAUUAAGAAGAAACAACUAUUGUAACAAAUAAAUAAUUGUGAUGUAAUUUUUAAUGGACCUCUCUAUCUCUUGUUUAUAAUCAAUUAAAUUUUAAUAUCAAAUACAAAAAAAAAAUUAAUCGUGUUUAUAUAUUUAAAUUGGUAAUAAAAGAACAAAAAUAUGGCAAACCACAACAACAACAAAAACAACAACAAAAAAUUAAGUAAAUUCCGAUGAAAUAAAGAACACGCGCUCCUUUGCAUUAUUGUGAAUGCAAAUAUCAAUAAUUGUAUUUUUUGACAAAAAUAUGAUAAAAAUAUGAAAAAAAACAGACAAAACAAAAUAAUUAUUAUUAAUUAUGUAAAUGUAAGUAAAUAAAACAAAAAUUAUAAUCAAACAACUUUAUAUGAAAGACAAAAAAUAAUUAACAAAAAAAAAUACAAAAGAAAUUAUAUAUAUAUACAAAAUAUAUAUAAAUUUUAAAAAAUAGAUCUAACAACAAUUAAAAAAUAAAAAAAAAAAAACUUUACCAAAAACAAAAUAAAGUCGACAAAAAUAAUGAAAAAAUGGUAAAAUAGGAUUAAAUAAAAAAUAAAACAAAAAUAUAAAAUUUGAUAUUAGGUUUAAGUAACUAGUUGUUAUUUCAAAUUGAAUUGAUUAUUUAUUUAUGAACCAAGAAAACAAAAACAAA